AUGCCGGUCUCGAAAGAAAACGAGUCAAUAAAGUUCGUUCAAAUAAACAUAGUGACGUCACAUCGCAAUGGCAGCCAGCACCACGGCAGUGACAGUUCUGACUCCAAAUGGAAGAAGGCAAACCGUCAAAGUGUCGCCCAACACACCUAUGUUACAAGUACUGGAAGACGUUUGCAAGAAACACGAUUCAACCCAGACGAACAUGGGUUAAAGUUCCAGAGGAACGUUCUGGACCUGACCUUGCAGUGGAGGUUCUCCAGCCUGCCCAACAAUGCCAAACUGGAGGUGGUGCCAAGUAACCGGAAACAGUCUGGAGUGGACAGCACGGUGCGGAUUGCCCUGCAGAUGGAGGAUGGGUCCAGACUGCAAGGGUCCUUUUCCAGCGGACAGACACUGUGGGACCUGCUCACGCACUUUCCUCAAACCAG